UUGUCUGAAUCAAACAUAAGCACCUGGCCCUCCCGUUGAGUGGACCAGCCCGAGUUUUCGUCUGGGUAGUGAGGUCCACCUUAUGCACGGAUUAGAUGCCUACACGUGCCGCGUGUAUGGUGGGUGCGUGUGGCGCCAGCAAACCGCUCAAUUUGAAAAGGAAGGAAUCUCCCGUCUUGCAAUUUGAAAUAACUGCGCUGACGGCUAGUUAAAAGAAAAGCUGCAUACAGCAACGCUCCUUCCAUGUCGAAGAUUCAGCUCUUCUAUUCAUUUUUUAUGAGAUGUUUGGUUACAAAUGCAUGCCCAUGAGAUUUCCUUUCACGUUGGGAUUAUGGGAUGGCAAGCUAUGGAUCCGUUAAACGCCUCAUCACCAGCGACCUUUCACUCCCCAAUUCAUCGAUUUUCGCAAAGCUCUUGCAAUCGUGCAUCGAAUCGAAAUCACUACAUGACGGGCGCCGGGUACACGCCCGCCUCAUCAAGACCCGAUUCUCUUCUGAGAUCUUUAUCCAGAACCGUCUCAUCGAUGCUUAUGCAAAGUGUGGGUGCUUCGAGGAUGCCCACACUUUGUUUGAUAGAAUGCAUCAAAGAAAUACAUUCACUUGGAAUGCAAUGAUAAGUGCGCUUACAAGAUUGUGUUUUCUCGAAGAAGCGGUCUCUCUGUUCCGGGAGAUGCCAUGCCCUGACCAGUGCUCAUGGAACUCAAUGGUGUCUGGCUUUGCCCAGCACGAUCAUUUCGAAGAAGCGCUUGGUUUCUUUAAAAGAAUGCAUGGAGAGGAUUUCGUACUCAACAUGUACGCACUCUCUAGUGCUCUUAGCGCCUGUGCAGGGUUAAUCGAUAUAAAAACAGGCACCCAAAUCCAUGCUUUGAUUUCGAAAUCACCAUUUUCAUCCGAUGUUUAUAUGGGAAGCGCACUUAUUGAUAUGUACUCCAAAUGUGGGUAUCCAUUCAAUGCACAGAGAAUCUUUGAUGGGAUGCCUAAUCGAAAUGUAGUCUCGUGGAACAGCUUGAUUACAUGUUAUGAGCAGAACGGCCCCACAAAUGAAGCUUUAGAGCUGUUUGUGAGGAUGAUGGAAUGCGGAGCUGAGCCAGAUGAGGUCACACUUGCCAGUGUGCUUAGUGCAUGCGCAGGUUUAUCAGCAAUUGAAGAAGGAUUGCAAAUUCAUGCACGAGCUAUCAAAUCUGACAAAUUCAGGGAUGACCUGGUAUUAUGCAAUGCCUUUGUUGACAUGUACGCGAAGUGCGGUAGGAUUAAAGAAGCGAGGCGUAUUUUUGAUGGGAUGCUGAUUAGAAAUGUUGUCACGGAGACAUCCAUGGUUAGUGGUUAUGCAAAAGCCGCUAGUGUGAAAGCUGCCCACUCAAUGUUUACAGGGAUGACAGAGAGGAAUGUUAUAUCUUGGAACGCGCUUAUUGCAGGUUAUGCACAGAACGGAGAGAAUGAAGAGGCACUAGAACUGUUCCGCCUACUGAAGAGAGAAUGUGUUUGGCCAACACACUACAGUUUCGGUAAUGUUCUUAGUGCAUGUGCCAACCUUGCUGAUCUACAGCUAGGCAGGCAGGUACAUGCACAUGUUUUAAAACAUGGGUUCCGAUUUGAGUCCGGCCCAGAGUCUGAUAUCUUUGUGGGGAACUCUCUGGUGGACAUGUAUGCAAAAUGCGGAUCCAUUGAAGAUGGAUGUCGAGUGUUUGACAGAAUGGUUGACAGGGAUAAAGUCUCAUGGAAUGCUAUGAUUGUGGGUUAUGCGCAGAAUGGGAAUGCCAAUGAAGCUCUCACACUUUUUAGGCAGAUGAUAAUGUCUGCAGAGAAACCAGAUCAUGUUACAAUGAUUGGAGUUCUGAGUGCUUGCAGUCAUGCAGGGCUGGUCAAGGAGGGCAGUAGAUAUUUUCUCUCCAUGACUGAAGAAUAUGGUUUGGUACCAUCAAAAGACCAUUAUACAUGUAUGGUUGAUCUUCUCGGACGUGCAGGUCACCUUGACGAAGUGGAGAAAUUCAUAGACAGCAUGCCAAUACAACCAGAUUCUGUCCUUUGGGGAUCCUUGCUUGCAGCUUGUAAAGUUCAUGGUCAUCUCAAAAUGGGGAAGAGGGUGGCAGAGAAACUCUUGGAGCUGGAUCCUAACAACUCAGGUCCAUACGUUCUUCUCUCCAACAUGUACGCAGAGCUGGGAAGAUGGGGGGAGGCUGCGAGAGUGCGGAAGCUGAUGAGACAGAGAGGAGUUGUUAAGCAGCCCGGGUGCAGUUGGAUUGAGAUAAAGAGCCGGGUGCAUGUGUUCAUGGUGAAAGAUAAAAGCCAUCCUCAAAGGAAGGAGAUUUAUCGACUCUUAAAAAUGCUCACAAUGCAGAUGAAGAGAGCUGGAUACAUUCCAGAGGCCAGACCUGUUUCUUUGGUCGUUAACUCAGAGAUGGAGCUCAAGAAAUUGGCUAUAGUCUCGGAGUGCAGAAGUGACAUGUUAGCAGUUAUUGCAGGAUGAUAAGUUCUGACUAUGGAAGGAAAUAAGAAAAUUUGGAUAAACCUCACAGUGUCUCAAAGUAAAAUGUUCACAGUUGGAUGACUCAUUAAGAACAUUUUCAUAAUGGUAACACUUAAUCUUUGCAUUUCCUCUAAAAUAAAUUGGACCAGCUCGAUUACAUCCAUGUAUCCGUACGUUCAUGUUGAUGUCUGUUAGACACUUCAAUUUUAAGUAUAAAUGGUUGUCAUGUUUGGUUGACAGCUACAGAUCUGCUCCUUUGAGACGUUUGAAGAGCAAAAGAAAUUGUAUACAACGUAAUUCUCAAAGCUAAAAUUCUGGGAGCUGUUGUGGGAUGAAAGGUUCUAGUGCUGUUUCAUGGAUGAAA